UAUCUAAUAUUUUGUUCAUCCUUCCAGGAAAAUAGAAAGAGCAGUCGGAGCUCUCUGCUUCUGAGUCACCUAGUCGGCGCCGCCACAACAAGAACCAUGGGAAAGAAACCGUCUGGGUCCAAGCAAGCAUUUUUCAUCCUCGGAGCCUUGGCACUGGGUUGGCUAGCCAUUGAAAUGGCCUUCAAGCCCUUCCUCGAUAAGGCCCGCUCCGCCAUGGACAACUCUGAUCCGACUCGGGAUCCCGACGACCGUCUCGAUAAACAAUCUGAUCACUUACAAUCGGACGACGAUCGAAGUACCACUGCUUGAAGUCGCAUCAUCUUGUGGCGCUCAGCGGGAUCGUUCCCGUAAGAUCAAUAUCACAACUAAUACCGCAAGACUAGACAAGUGACUCCCUCGCCUCCUAAAAAAUUGACAAAUUGAAGAGGGAAACUUGGGUGGCAGAUCAAACAAGAACUUGUCGGUCUGGCUGGCUCUGUUUUUUUCUCUGGCUAUGACUGAUUCCUUUGCCGUUGGUCUCUUCCUUAAGGUCACAGCUUUGUGUUGGUUUUCGAAGGGGAAAACAAUGAGUUCUAUUCACGAUUUUACUUCAGAAGAAUAGUCAAGUCAAAGCUAUUGUCAUAGGCAGAGGUUGAUAGAUCUCACUAACCGGCAGUAGUCUAGGGAUUGUUGCCUUUGGAAAGCACUCAAGUUCAAGUUCUAUCGUUUAAGGAAACAAUACUUCCCCACUUCCUCGUUCACUUUUAUCUCAAAUCUUAAGUGAUAUGCUUUGUACCUCAUUCACAACUAUCUUGACAGUUUUUUCAAAGCAUUAUAAGGUUAGUGAGGGAGUUGUUGAAUGCAAAAUGUUGUAAUAUCUCAAAACUAAAUCAUGAACCCUUAUCUUGAGCAGUGGAGCAGCGCUUCCUGAUUCAAUUGCUUGAUUCACGAUCUUUGCUAUUGAAUUAAUCCCCCAUGUGUCGGGACCUGAAUGGUGGUGGUGCUCUUCUACAGCUUUUUCAAUUACAUAGAUAAUAGCUCCUCUCCCUUCGGUCUCAUUGCUUCACUCCUCUCCUUCUUUGUUGAAAACCGUUCUUUCACUCUAUCUUCGUCUUCUCUCCUUUACAAUUCUAAAUCAUAAGAAAAAAGAGAAAGACUCAACCGAAAACCUGAACCUCGACUUCUUUCUUCUCCCUUCUUUCAUGAGGUAAAAGUAGCUAUUUUUUUUCCUCGCUUUUUUCACUCGGUAAAUAGGAUAUUAGUCUUUCUCCUUCAAAAUCAAGUGUUUCAAGUCAAGACUCAACCGAAAACAAAAACUAUCUUUACUAACUGUGAUAGGCUUCAAAGACGGUACGAUCAAAGGUUGUAAGAUUAUCACAUGCAAUUGGACUCUACUAACUAGAACUUGAAUAGAAAAGCAUUUGAAGGAAGGUUCGGUGGCCCUUUGUUUAGGACGAAAAUCUUUAGGGACACCCGUUGGUUAAAAAUGAGAGAGAUCAAGAGCAUAUAGGUAAGAACUACAUCUCCAUUAAAAAACGAAACUAAGUGGACUGAGGUUAGGUUUGAAAGCACAACCAUUAACGCAAUAUUUUAAUAUUGUGAAGAUACACAAAGAUUCGUUGUCCUAACACCUUCGUCUCUUAGGGUUGCGUUAUUGCGACGAAAACCCAUGUGUUAUUACUUUUAAGGAUUUGAAUAUCUGAAAAAGAUGCCUACUUUUUCUAUUGAUCCAGCUUGAAUUUUCUUCUGGU